ACAGCACCAGACUAUUAUUCCUCCUCCACCAAACUUUACAGUUGGCACUAUGCAUUGGAGCAGGUAGUGUUCUCUGGCAUUCACCAAACCAAGAUUCGUCUGUCAGACUGCCAGAUGGUGACGCGUGAUUCAUUACUCCAGAGAAAGUGUUUCCACUGCUCCAGAAUCCAAUGGCGGCAAGUUUUACACAAUGUUUUGUGAAAUAGCCACACCCGUCCACAUACUUACUUCAUGAAUAUCUAGUAGAUUGUAACGAGCUGUGAUCUAUUAGUCAUUGCAGGAUAGCUACUGUUUGGCAUAGCACAGAGAAUUUUCGAUCAACCUUAACUUGGCGACACUAUCUUCGUCCUCGAUUCGGUCAAACAUAUCUUCUAAUAGGUCUGUGUUCAGUUGCAGGUGGUUCAUUCGAAUUUAGAAAAAAAAGGCCUAUCCUUACUAGCAUUUUCAGGUACAGUAGCAAAAUGGAUAAUUGGAAAUACAUUUUUCCAUGAAAUACCUUUUCCAAACGACCUUUCUACAUAUAUAAGUUAAGCAUUGGCAGAGCGGUCAGUGACUGAUGUAAAUUGCAUCAUAGGCAGUUAUUGUUUCGCAGCCCAAUGGCAAAACCAGGAAGUCAUAGUAGAUGCAUAUCUAAGAAACGUUCCAUUCAGAGCUGAACUAGUGUCUCCCUUUCCUGCUGCGGAGUAGACCUGGUGGGCUGCCAAUACAUUCCGCGAGUCUGUUUCUGUAGCCUACCCACAUUUUACUUAUUCUGUAAUUUCCUUUCAAUAGGAGUUAGUGAAGAAAUUCUCUUUUUCCUCCUCCUGCUUUUCUAAUUUCUUAAACGGAAUCAACGGAGGAAGUUUAGACUACUGGUCUCACCUCUUGACGACUUUGAGACAUUUGAUCUUAUGUUAUUUGGGAAUUUGACUAUUAUAGCCAAUUUAAGAAUGCAGGAAGCUGGAGAGUACACAAUGAAAAUGCAUCCAAUGUGGCAGGGACCACUUGUUGCUCCUGGGGGCAACAGACAAUCUCCUAUCGAUAUUCGGGUGCGCAAGAGUGUCUUUGAUCCGCAUCUCAAGCCACUGACCCCGGAUUACGACCCCAGGACAUGUUCACAGAUAUGGAAUAACGGGUACUCAUUCCUGGUUGAGUAUGAUGACACCACCGACAAAUCCACACUUAAAGGCGGUCCUCUGGAGGAUAACUUCCGGCUGUGUCAGUUCCACUUCCAUUGGGGGGAGAGCAACGCAUGGGGCUCUGAGCACACAGUGGACCGCCGCCUCUUCCCUGCUGAGCUCCACAUGGUCCACUGGAACUCUGAUAAGUACAGCCGGUUUGAGGAGGCGGUGAUGGAGGAGAAUGGACUGGCUGUUAUCGGGGUUUUCCUCAAGAUAGGGAAGAGACACGAGGGACUGCAGAAACUAGUAGAUGUCCUACCUGCUGUCAGACACAAGGACAGUGUUGUUGAGUUCACUAGGUUCGACCCAGCCUGCCUUCUGCCCACUAACAUUGAUGAUUACUGGACGUAUGCAGGGUCACUGACCACGCCUCCUCUGACCGAAGCUGUGACCUGGAUUAUCAUGAAGCAGCACAUCGAAGUCAGCCAUGAGCAGCUGGCUGUGUUUCGGAGCCUUCUCUUCACCUCAGCAGAGGAGGAGGUACAGAAGAGCAUGGUCAACAACUUCCGUGUGCAGCAGUCGCUGCAGGGACGCACUGUGCGUUCCUCGUUUACGCCCUUCCUGAAGGAGGAGCAACCUGCAAAGGGUCCACACACAGGCCACUGACCUUUACACAGAGACUCACUCGGACCCUUCAAACCAAAAUAAUGCAAUACCCUGGGAAGCACAUUUUUGGGCUAACAAAGUCUUACGUUUGACUCUACAGAAGUCAUACUGCUGGCAUCUUUCCAAACGCUUAUGCAUUCAGAAAGCACUCGGAUUUCACUUAAGUGCCAGGGAUUUUAUAAUUCCAAUGUCACCAUCUAAAAGCUGUUUUGUUGACCAUCCUUGGCACUAGACAGCUGUCUCACUGCCUGCUGUCCUGUCAAUAAGUGAAAGGCAUCAUCAACACAUGGCAGGUGUAUUGCUAUAGUCUAUGCUAACAGAUUUUUUUAAACCCCUGUCUUAGGUGAAUCAGGUUAUUUUUAUUUUUAUAGAUGCUCUGAAUGUUUAAGUUGUAAACCUUUUAUUAUUGAGUUCUUAACAGUCCCACUUGAAAUGCUUCCAGAAACCAAUGAGGGAUUCUGCUGAAAUACAGGUAACUGUCAAAAUAAAGGAAAACACCAACAUAUAUUGUCUUAAGAGGGUGUUGGGCCACCACAGCUUUAGUACAAGUGUCUGGAAGUCUUGGAGGGAUGCGACACCAUUCUUCCAAGAGAAAUUCCAGAAUUUUGUGUUUUGCUCCAGGAUCUCCCAUAAGUGUUUAAUUGAGUUGAGAUCUGGUUCCCGAGAUGGCUAUGGCAUAUGGCUUACAUCGUUUUUAUGCUCAAAACAUUCAGUGACCACUCGUGCCCUGUGGAUGGGGGCAUUGUCAUCCUAUGGGGGCGUAUCCAAAAUAAUGAUCUGCCCAGCAUUUUAAUACAUCACCCUAAGUAAGCAUGAUGGGCUGUUACCUGCUUAAUUAACUCAGGAAGUGCACCUGUGGAAGCAUCUGCUAUCAAUAUACUUUGUUUCCCUCAUUUACUCAAGUGUUUCCAUUAUUUUGGCAGUUACCUGCACUUUUAUACUAUCACCGAUUUUAAUAAUCUAAAGCAUAAGAAUAUCACACUCGUGUAUGAGCAGUACUCUUGCAGUAAUUGUUCUCCUUCCUUGACAAAGUAUUUGAGGUGAAAGGGCUCCAUAUAUGGAUGUGGGAUUUAGUUUGAAGGUUUAAGCUCUGAACUUGUUUACUGCACACAGCCGAAGAGAUUUGGUUCAUUGUAUUUGGGCCUAGCUAAGGCUCCAAACUGCACAAAUGAGUGUUGCUCAUUGCUUUGAAAGAUGUUUUAGAUUGAUUUUAUUACAUAGUCUAUUGAGUGGACUAGAAUGUACAUCUCACUAUCUGUAACUUAGAGGUAAAAAUCAUAUGUGUAGGAUGGACACCUUUAUAAGGCCUUAUAAGCACAGGGACACAGGCAUUUGUUACAACUAAUAUGCAGAACUAUUUUGUUGAAUUCAAUAGCAAACAUCUGUAUUUUAGCAUCUGUAUUUUAGCAUUUAAGCAUAUAUUCCUCUUGUAAUCAAAUUGUUCUGUUCUACUAAACAGGAAUCUACCAUAGUACCUUCUAUUUUAUGCAUCAUACUGACACACAUGGCGGUCACCUCUGUUCUCAUAGAUCAAUAGCUCACGGCAGUGUGUCUAUUCUGUUGGGGCCUGCUGGUCUAACGCAUAUCGAUAAUAUUCUGCCCCUACCAAGCUUAAGUCGGUCAAUUUGUAUGUUUUCCAGUUUCUGGUUUAGGCGCUGGGAGAGUUAAGAGGGUAUCACAUCAUUAACCUGUUAUCUUGUUGGUUCUGUAUUUAUUUAUUGGUGGAGGUCGGUAGGUUUUUACUUGCCUUUUUAGAAGCACUAGCAGCACACCGACAGAAAUCAUUCUCCUCCUGAUAUUUGUAUGUCAUUUCUUGAGACUUAAGCUUUUUCUGUACUUAUAUAAUUGAGAUUUUAAAGUUCCCAGAAGAACUGGACAGGGAUUACAGUGGAACAAACUACAUGCAUCAACUUUAAAACAUAACUACACUUAAUGUUAUGCUUUAAUAUCGUUCCAAAAGGUUAACUGUAAUAUAAGCACUGCUAUUCCCCAUGUUGACACAAAACCAUGAUACGUGAAAUAGCAAUUGUAAUACCUUGCUGCCUGUUUUCCAUUAGCCUACUUAUCGUUGCAGUUUUCUGGGUGUGCCUUCCAGUGCUUCACUGUUUUCAUCAAAGAAAGGGAGUGAUUGGAUAAAGAGGGGGGGUCUUAUGUUUGCAGUGUUCAGAGAAAGUGAAGUAGGUGCUAAAAAGAUUGGAGGAGAAAGGGAUUGAUUGGUUUGUUCUAUAAACAGGGAAUGAAAAGGUAGAGCAGACAUUGAGGCAACAUUUGUAUUGUUUGUUCUAUAAAGCAUUAAGUGAGUGAA